AUGGUCACAGUCUGCCUCCUUCUCCAAGUGUUAUAUAUUGGCGAGGUCAGGGCCGCCGCGGUCACCUCCGGCCGCGACAUCCCAAACGGGUCGGCCGAUGCAUCUGCUCCGGCGCUAGAUGCGACUGAGGUGUUUGACUUUCAGGGCCGCGACAUACCAUCAAUAUUCGAGCUUUCCGGAGAGAUUUCCACCAAUGUUCACGAUGCGGAGGAGGGCGCCCGGCUCAUAGUCCGUCAGGACCAUGAUGCAACAGCACUUGUUCUCCCGGGAUCCUUUCAAUCCGGAAGAGUCGAGGUGUUUGUGAAGUCCGUGGUAGCUGCUGGUGUCUUAGUCGCUGUCAGGUUACGCUCUGGUUCUUCGGACGAGAUCGCAUUGGAACUCCUGGGUGGAGAAGUGUCUCUAGUUGCAAGCAGUGUAUAUCACUCGGAAGACCACGAGAUGAACUCAUCGGAUCUAGAAACUACAAAAGUAGUCGCGAUAACUAAUGCGUAUCUCAAUCUCACCAUUGACUGGACUGCACAGUCGGUCCAAUGGCUCGCGGACGGGAAUGUCGUGGGUACUCUGGCCCACGCCAAUGACACACAUUUACACGCAUUCAGUCAACUUGCCUUGACUGCGGAACUUCGAGAUGAUCAGUCUAAUGAGCGCGAGAUGGUGGCUAUGAGACGUGUGCCGUACUUUGCAGAAGUCAUGAAUAUGACAAUCACCCACUACCAUAGCCAAUCCCUCGGCGCUCUAGAAAAUACGGAUAACGAUGCGCCCGGCACAGAAAGGAUCCUACAAAGAUGGCCAAUGACGGAAAUGAAAACGGGAAGCUGGUUGAGGAAAAGAAGUUACUUAAGCGUCAGGGACGUUCACUUAUCGGACAAGACGAAAUUGGCUUUUGGACUUACGGUUGGCAUUGGCGGUGGCUCGCUUGUUUUUCUCGUUUGCUUUGCUUUGUUUCGUGUCAAUGGUUAUUGCAGGUUUAGACGCAAGAAAAAUGCCCCUGCUAUAUACUCGGGCGAGAUGAGUAGCCAGAGGACGACACCACGAACAACGCAGACAACAUUGGUCAAUUCUCCCCAACCUCGAGGGGACAGCAGAAACACCUACUACUACAACGUACAGAGCGACCGAAGGCAUACUUGCGAUCAUGCACCUAGAGGUCAGAGAUACGAUCGAGAUGGAACGGGUGCGGACCGAAGGCACAGUCAUCAGGUGGCGCCAAGAGAACAAAGGUAUACUCACGAUACCGUGCACAAGGAGAGGAGAUAUACACAUGACAGGAUUCCGCAGGAAAGGCGGUGUCCUCACGACAGAGGUCAUCCAUAUAGAAGGUACACUCAGGAUGACAGAAAUCUCGAAUACAGGAGGUAUACUCAUGACGGAAGGAGUCCCAAGGACCACAGGCAUAGCCAUGGUAAUAGGAGUCCUGAGUACCGGAAUCAUACCCAGGAUAGAGCCACCGGGAAUCGACGACAUACUCGAGAUAAUGGCCAAAAUGACCGGACGCCCCCUCAAGUAGAACGCAACAAUCGAAAGGGAGGACAAACCAAGGAUCACAAACAACAGAAAACUACCACGCCUGCCGUUUCUAGCGGCAACAAGCAUAAGCCCUCGGAAGCGUCCAAGAUUCCCGAGGUCGCAAAGAUCAAACAAGAACCGCCCACCGUGCCCGAAGAGCGCAAGACCGGUCCUCUCGCAUUCCUGCUCGCAGGCGGCCGGAAAAAAUCUCCGCAGCCCGAGGUCUCGAAAAAGGCGCCCAGCGCCCGGGUCCCCUCGAUCGCCGAGCUCGACGGCCAAGGGGUUUCGGAGCAGCUGGCCACGGUCAUCAAGAGGAGGCGGUCACUGGAAAAGAAACCCCUGCCGACGGCACCACAGCUCUCGGACAGCGACCUGGCAGCCGUGCGCCACGACGACGGCGACCAGGACGGCGGCAACAAUGAAGGGGUUGUACGGUACAACCUUUAUGGCUUAUGA